UGAUAAACAAAAUAUUUUGCUUGUAAUUCUCUUCAAGGUAUAUUCUAUAAGAGUAUUAUAGUAUUAUUUCUUUAUGUUGUUUGUGUAUACAAAUAUUAUAAAUACACUUAAAACACAGACACGUCUUAAACCCGUGAAUAUCGUAGUGGGACUUCUGAGCUAUUCCCGAAAACUUGCAGAGACGGACAGUCGAAUCAUAAUUAAAUUGCGAAAACAUAAUUUUCGUUAAUGGCUAUGACUUCUGGGAAAGAUACAAUGGGGUAAGUGUUUUAUUUGAUCAUAAUAAUACGAUAAUUUGUAAACGUGUUAAUCAAAAUUUAAAUUUAAAAUCAUUCAAUAGAGAGCAGCCGAUAUUCACAUGCAAAGCUCAUGUAUUCCACAUAGAUCCCAAAACAAAAAAAUCGUGGAUAUCAGCAUCCACGGUGGCUGUCAAUGUUUCUUUCUUUUUUGACUCUCAUCGUGCCUUGUAUCGCAUUAUUAGUGUCGAAGGAAGCAAAGUAUGCCUUGAUAAUGUUAAAAAGUAAUCGUAAUAUUAUAAAACAGAAUUAUUAACAUGUUCUAAAAUUUUUAGGCAGUCAUUAACAGUACAAUAACGCCUAACAUGUCAUUUACAAAAACGUCUCAAAAAUUUGGUCAAUGGACUGACACUAGAGCCAAUACUGUGUAUGGCCUAGGGUUUUCAUCUGAACAAGAGCUAAUUAAAGUAUGUCUUAUAAAAUAAUUAUAUGUCAUUAGUUUGUUGUAUUAAUUGAAACAAAAUUAAUUCCAUUAGUUUAUACAUAAGUUUGAAGAAGUUAAGGAAAAAACCAGACAAUCGGCAGUCAAUGGACCACAGCAGAUUCAACAAAAUUAUAUGAGUUCAACGACACCAGUUACGAGUGCUAAUGCUAGUCCUGUAACUACUCGUAUUAGUCAAUCAUCUGAGGGUCAAAGUAUUAUUGAACCUCCCAACAUGACACCAACAGAACCAAAUACUACUCCUGAAGAUACUAAUUCAACUGAACAAAUGAUUAACCAAAUGUCUAAAAAUAUGAUUUCUAAUGCUAAUCAUGUAAUAAGAAAUAAUUUUUUAGUUAAGUAUAAUUGUUGUUUCAAUAUAUAUUUUGUAUCUAGGCUGUAGAGAGUCCAAAACAUCAAGUAAGCAAUGAUGGACGGAUGAGUGGUGGAAAUUCUAUGAUGUCUGAAUCUCAAUUAAAAUAUGAAAAUGAAAGAUUAAAAUCAGCUUUAACACAUAGGUAGAAUAUUAAAUUUAUUGUUAAUUAAUUCUAAUAAUAUUAACUAUCAUCUUAAAUAUCUUAGAAAAUGUUUAAUAUAUCUCUAAAAAUAUAUUGACAUUUUGCUAUUUACAGUUCUGCAAAUGCAAAAAAAUGGGAAAUUGAAUUGCAGACAUUAAAAAACAAUAAUUUAAGACUAACAAAUGCAUUGCAAGAGAGUACAGCCAAUGUAGAUGAAUGGAAACGUCAAUUACAAUCUUAUAAAGAGGAAAAUCAAAGAUUGAAAAAUAGAUAUCUAGAUUCUGAAGUAGCCAAAGGUAAAUGUAAUAAUAAAUAAUUUGAACAUACAAUAAUGUUUUAUAUAAUUUAACAUUUCAUUUAUUUGUCUUAAGGAGGAUCAGAAGUCGCUUCAGAAUUAAAAAAUGAGUUAACUAGUCUACGCUUGAAAAUUGAAAACUUAGAUGGUGAAUUAAAAAAUAAAAAUGAAGAAAUCCAAAAGUUGAAUCUGAAUAGAAUGCCACUCGAAGAAAAAUGCAAGGUAAGCGUUAAGUUUAUAUCAUGCUAUCUAAUUUUGAAAUAAACCUAACAAUUUAAAUUUGUUAUAAAGGUGUUAAGUCAAGAGAAUGCUGAACUUCAAGCUGCAGUCAGUUUAGCCCAAGCACAGUUAGAAACAGCUUUAGCAGCACAAGAAUCACAAAGACGUGUUAUAGAUACACUUAACAAUAGCUUAUUUGUGCGUAUACAAGAGUUGGCCGCAAUACACAGAGAAAUGACUACUGCAAUACAAACCUAAGGUACAAUGACGAUCUGUGAAUAGUUACAUAACAGAUAUGAUAAUUGAUUAUAGAAAGAUAUUUAAAAUUUAAUUUAAUUUUUAUGAUAUUGUAUAAUUAUUAUUAAGAGUAAUUUUUUCCAUUUAUAAAAAUUGUUAUGUACUUAUCUAUUAUCGAGCAAAAUAAUGAACGUGACUAUAUUUAAGGAAAAGGCUAGCUUGUAUACACUGUAUAUAACAUAAUAUUUCUGUCAUCAUGCAAAAAGUGAGCAAUUGAAAAACCAUGAUUAAGAGAACGUUAUACUUGCGUGUGCUAUUUGUGUUAAUAUUUGACCUAUUAUCAAACUUAAAAAUAUGAAAAUUAUCUAUUGUUUAUUUUUUUUGUGGAAUUUUAUUGAGCGUGUGAAAUAACCAAAUUUAAAAAUAAAAAACCAUAUUUUUCUUAAAUAUUGAUAUUAUAGUAUAUGAUUUUAUUUUAUAUAUUAUAUAAAUAAUAAUAAUUUUUCUUUAAGAUUUGAUAAUAGGUCAGUUUACUUUAAUAUUAAAUUUAACAGCUUAGAGUUGUCCCUGCUGAAUGUAAAUUUGAUGUCUCAUGAUUGUAAGACUGAGACAACACAUGCGAAUAUAACAUCUUCUUAAACGGUUCAUUUCAUCUUUAUAUGAUAGGUACAGAAAGUGUCUUAGUGAUAUAAAUCUUUUAAGAAUCAUGCUUAACUAAAAUUAUAUCUACUUAAAUUUAAAUUAUUAAAUCACUGACAGUGAAUAUAUUUUAUAAUUAUAAUACAUUAAUGAUAGUUUUUUUGCUUAGAAAAUAGAACAAAUUAGCACAAACAUAUUAAAUGUUUGCAAUAACCAUAUAGUGGGGUGAAAUACAAAAGUAUGCCUUUCCCCUAAAGCUGCUUACACACUAUAUAAUUAAAAAUAUGAGUGCACUGUCCUUAAAUACUAUAUUUUAUUAAAAGUUUGAACUGAAAUAAUUUUAAAUAAUUAAUAAAUUUCCAUUUUUAAAAUGUAUUUGUCUUUUCUAUAGUUUUAUUAGGCUCUUAUAAUUAAUAAAUAUGAAAAUAAAUCAAAUAACGAAUACUUUCAUGAAAUAUCACACAAUUUUCAAUACUGAGAAUAAUAAAAAUAAUACUAUAUAGUUAAAAAUAAUAGUUAAUAAUAGUAAAAAUAAAGACUCCUUAUGUGUAAAUAUACAGGUUUUAAAGUAAUGUUUAAGAAAUUAUUUGAAAUGUACAGUGCCUAGAGAAAUGAUAAAAAAAAUUUAAAAAGUUAAUAGUUAGAAUUUGACUUAUUUUUUAAUGUUGUUUUUAAUAUUUUUUUAAUUUACUGCAACAUUUUGGCAUGGAUUCAUAUAUCAUAUGAUUUUCAAAACUUUAUAAACUAGUUAAUUUCUAUUUAAAAAUAUAACAAAAUAAAAUAAAUAUUUUUGAUUUACUGUUUAUUGUUUUAUUAUCUAUAUAUAUAUAAGAAGAAAAAAACAGUGUAAAUAUUAUUUGAAAUAUACUAAUUAGGUAAUAUAUUAUUUUUAAUUGCUACCAUGAUAUCAUAUAGAAUAUAUUCAUUAAGGUUAAUUCUCAAUUCGCUUAAUAUAAUAUAAGGUUUUGGGCUAUCGAUCAAUGCUAAAAACAUAUAAUAGAAAAAAAAAAUUAUUUAUUUAUUUAUUUUUAUUUUUUUAUUUGUUGGAAUGGAAAAUAAUAUUAUGGUUUCAAAAUUUUGUUGUUUUAUUUUUGAAAUCAUAAAUUCCUCUUACAAUUAUAUAAAUUAUCCCCAUUCUAUUUAUUAACAGCAAUACUUCAAAGGAUUUUGAAGUCAAAAGAUAAAUAUUACUAACAAACCUAAAUAAAUGCUGCAUUUUCAUUGUGCAUGGAUCUCUUAUUGUGUGAGUUCUACCAAACAAUUACAAUAAUAUUUACUAUUUAUAGUUUAUUAACUCUCUGUACCUACUCAAUAUAAUUUGUGUUUCCCAUUUAAUCUGUGAACUCUUGUAAAUCUUUAUUUUCAAGAAUAAUUUAUAAUAAUUUUGAGUAUUAUUUAUUUUGAUAUUAAAACCCUUUUAACAUUUUACAUCAUUUAAAAUAAAAAACAAAAAACCAUUUGCAGUAUUUUAAAUUUUAAUACUUGUUUUUUAUUUUGAAAAAUGUGAAAACAGCCUGUAAUCUCAUAGUUGUUAACAUACGUUCAUUUGUAUCUCAUGUGUAAGCAGCUUUUAUGUUUUAUCAGUUCCUCUGCUACUAUAUUAUUAUUAAUUAAAAUAAUAUUAAGAUCAAUAAAAAAAGAUAGUUUUAAUGGCAAUAAUAUUGUUAAUCAAUAUUAGUAGAGUUUAUUUCAAUAAAAUUAAUCAAUGUGCAAUUUAUUUAUUUAUUUAUUUUUUUAAAUAUAUAUUUUAUCAAAUUUAUGAUCUUAAAAAUACAUUAAAUAAAAAACAGAAUUGAACUUAUAUUGGAUUUUUUAAAAAUACUUAUUAUUAUACCAAUUAAUGUAUUCUUAUAUCUAUUUUAAUUUGGUUGUGUAUUUAAAAUAGUUUAAUAUUAUGUAAAUUAUUUAUUUUAUGGUAAAAGUAUUAGUACACAUUUUCCAUGUAAAAUAUGCUGUAUAUGUUUUUAAUUUUUUUUUAAUUGUAAAAAUGGUUAAUUGAAUUUUACCUAUGCAACGCACAAUUGCCAGCCAUUUAUCUAAUUAUAAUUUAAUAUUCAAUAAUUACAAAGUAUAAGUAUCAAAAGUUAUUUAUGUUAGAACUUUAAUAUGAGUCAACUUCCAUUGUAUGUAUAUAACUGAAACAUAUAGUAUACUGGUAUAAAUAUUAUAAUACACUAUUAAUACAUAUUACUAUAUUAAAAUUAAACAUGUUUGAGAGAAUAAAAAACAAGAUCUUUAAAAAGAUAGGUUUUAGAACAAAGAAAAUGUGACUAUAAGUUUGGGAAGAUAUGAAGGAAUGUGUAGUAGAUAAAGAAACACUGAUAAAUAAGGUGAUUUUGAUAGUGAAAAUAAGAAUUCCAAAUAAGCUGUAACUUCAGCUGUAUGGAAAUUAAGGGAAGAGAAAAAAAAAGAUGCGUUUCUAUUUUAUCCGGGGAAUGGCUAUGUUUUUAUUCUUGUGAUUAAGGUUUUACUAUAUUUAAUAUUCAUUAAGAAAUUGAGUUUCUUCUGUAUGAAAUACUACUUUUUUUCUUAAUUAAUCUAAUUUACUGUAUUUUUAAACUUUUUGUAUUGUUAACUAUGUGAGAUUUAAAAAAAAUAUUACAUCAUUACCUACUCAAACUUAUAGUAUUAUAUAAUUAUACAAUUAUUUUACAUACUACAUAAUUUUACUUCAUAUUGGUUUGAUUUUGUUUAGAUUUUUCAUUCAAUUGUUUGUAAAUUUAAAACAUUUAUACUUCUUGUAUUAUCUAAUUAGAAUAAUAUUAAUGUAUCAACUAUUUUAGAAAUCAUUACUUUUUUCUUUUAAGCAUUCUUAGACAAUUUGCAAUUAAUAUAUUUUGUAUUGUGUUCAAUGUGAUAAAUACUUACAUUGUGUUUACAGUUUACACAAAAUAGUAGACAUUUAAUUAAUAAGUCAAAACAUAUAUGACAACUUAAUAGCUCUAACUGAAAGCUUUUAGACAAUUGUAAUACUUAAAAACAAAAAUAUUGGAUAUUGUAUUUUAUAUUAGAAUAAUUAUAAUGGAUACUUUUAUUAUAGAUUUUUGUAUAAAGAAGGAUCAAAUAAAUUAUUUAUUUUCUAUUAUGACCCAUGAAAAAGGCUGACAAGUUAUGUGAGUUAGUAUAAUUGAAUAGUAUUUAUGAUCAAAGUGUUUAUGAUGCCCCAAAAUACGAAUACAAGUUGAUUCAAUAUGUUCUAAUUUUAUUUAUCUGAAAAUUGUCAAUUUAUUUAAUUUAUAUUUAUUGAUUUUUCUGCAAUAUUACUAAAUAUACUUUCCCUUUGUUUUUUUGAUAGUAUUUUUAAAAAUUAUUUUAGGUUUAUAACAUUUAAUAAGUCAUUAUUCUGCCAAGUUUUUUGUUAAAAUUUUAAUUUAAAGUUUAUAAAGUAUUGAUUGCAUGUGUUUGUGCCAAUAAUUACAUAUUACCUAUUAUAAAAUAAUGUAC